UUCCGUGCACUUGCCCCUCCUGAGACAUCCUCACUGUCUCCUCCUCUCACUGGAAGGUGUUGAGCGAUAUUAUUCCCCUUCCUAACCUGGAAAUAAACAGAAAGUUUUCGUGUGGACACCACUGCUCAUCCUCGGGUUCUACAUCGGUGUGACAAGGAACCGUGCAAGACACAACACGGCAAACAACAAGCAGAACUAUAUAUGAACAAGGUAGUCUGUUUCAGGGCCAGUGAGUCAGCAAAUUGCGUGUAGAGUUUUCAGAAACAAAUCAUAGAGCUCUGGGGGUGUUUGUCCCCAUGUCUCCCAUGGCCUCCCUGCAUGUUUCUUCGGUCCAGGCAUGACCAUAACCCCUAAAAAACAUAGUACUCAGCCUGGUUCCUCCUCUUACAACGACACAAGUCCCAGAUCCGGUCCGGUGCAGAUGGAGGAGGUCGAUGCCCUGCGCUUUAAGCUCCAUGCCGAGGACUCUGUGUCGCUGGCUCUGUCUUUGGCUGAGCCCAUCAACCUAGAAGAUUCCCAUUAUACUUCGCUCAGAAGUGAUCUUGAGUCCAAUUCCGAGAACCUGGGAGCAGAGUCAUGGAGUACAGCUGUGGACACGAACUACCGGAACGCCCUGACGGAAGAGGCUAAGAAGAGACAGGACGUUAUCUAUGAGUUGAUCCAGACGGAGAUGCACCACGUGCGUACCUUAAAAAUCCUCCUCUAUGUCUACAUGUAUGAGUUGAGGCAGUCUUCGCUGAUAGAGGAGGCCAAACUGGACCGGCUCUUCUUCGGGGUGGAAGCCCUGCUCAAACUCCACCAGCACUUCCUUAACUGCCUCAAAGCUCGCCAAAAGGAAUGUCAAGAGAAUGAAAGCCCAAACAACUACCAGAUCACACAACUGGGGGAUAUCCUCAUCUCUCAGUUUUCAGGUGAACUGGGAGAAGGAAUGAUGGAGUGUUACAGUGUUUUCUGCAGUCAUCAAAAUGAAGGCGUCGGCUUCUACAAAGAGCAGCUGCAGAACAACAAGAAACUGCAGAUGCUGAAUAGGAAAAUAGGUCAGCUGUCCCUGGUGCGACGGUUGGGAAUCCCCGAGUGUUUUCUGUUGGUGACGCAACGCAUCACCAAAUAUCCCACCCUGGUGGAACGAGUCAUACAGAACACUGAAGCUGACACAGACGAGUACAGGUCUCUGGUGCAGGGUUUGGCACUGAUUAAAGAAACCAUCACCCAGGUGAACAAUCAAGUCAGUGAAUACGAGAAAGCCGCUCGUCUGAGAGAGAUCGGCAUGCGCCUGGAACCAAAGUCUCAGGGCCGGAUGAAGGAGGGGCAGCUGAUCCGCAGGGAGGAUCUGAUCCAGGGAAACAGGACGCUGCUGCACGAAGGCCCUGUCACCUGUAGGGCCUCGGGUAGACAAAAAGACAUCCAUGCUGUGCUGCUGUCAGACAUGCUCCUCCUACUUCAAGAGAAAGAUCAGAAGCUUGUGUUUGCUUCUUUGGACAACAAACCACCGGUGAUCUCCCUUCAAAGGCUGAUAGUCAGGGAAGUGGCUCAUGAGGACAAAGCCAUGUACCUGAUCUGUGCAUGCACCACCAGCAUGCCGGAGAUGUACGAGAUCCACACAGGCUCCAGAGAGGAAUGCGUGACAUGGACGGCACUGAUUCGGGAAGCUGUGAACCACUGUCCAGAAGAGGAGCUGUACCGCGAUCUGACUUCUAAACUGCAACAAUAUCAAGAUGCUCUAAAGGUGAGGGAUGACCUCAUAGAACAAAAUCUGGCAGAGAAACAGCAGAUCUUUGCUGCUCUCUACGAGAGUGUGAUGGAGCAGGAAACCCCGCACAAAGGGCUGCUGCUCCGAGGAGAGGCCUCUGACCUCCAGCAGGGGGAGACACUGCUUAGAGGAGCUAUUGAUGAGGUGGAAAACCUGCAGAACCUGUUCUUCUCAAGGAUCAAAGACCCAAACCUUCUGAAGGAUGAGAAUAACACACAGGGACGGCUGCUCAGGAGGACUGAGACCUUUGCUAAUAGUUACCCUACUGUGAGCAGCAUGAGAAAUGGAGAUGCAGCUGAGAGGCCAGGCAGCAGCGAGGGCAUUGCAGCACACAUGGGUCACAGCUCUAGUGCCCCCCAGCUCCAUGAAAUGUUCUCAGAGAGCCUGGAACUGUCUGCCGACGAUGACACGCAGAUGACAGAGAGCAGUUUAACCUCCAGUUAUUUCCCUGAGGCAGAGGUGUGUGACAGGGUGAUACUGCUUGCACAGAGGUUAUACAGCUUACAAGCAGUCGUCACCCAGCAGGACAGCCAGAUUGAGCUGCAUAACACUUUUCAGUCAAAGACCAAGCAGCCAUCUCGUCAUUACAGCAGCAUGCUGCUCGAGCAGGAGAAACAGCGCAACUUGGAGAAGCACAAGGAGGAACUCGCCAACUUACACAAGCUGCAGGCGCAGCAUCGAGAGGAGCAGCAACGCUGGGAGAAGGACAGGGAGCGGCAAAGGAUACAGAUUGAGGCUCUGGAGGCUCAGCUGCAGCAGAGGGAGGAUGAGUGCAGAAAGUGGGAGGAGAAGCUCAAUGAGGAGAAGGCAGAACUGGAGAAGCAGACGAAAGACUAUCAGCAGGGCCUGGAGAGGCUGAGGGAGUCCACAAAAGCAGUGGACAAGGAGAAGGAGCGUCUGACUCAGGAGAAAGAUCGUCUGGAUCAGCUGCAGGAGAAAAUAAAGAAGUGCAUCCCAGGAUUCUCCAACUAUGAUGAUCCUGCACAACUCUGGAGUCUCUCCAGUUACCAGUCAUUCAGGGGAAGCAUAGUGAACGGUGGUGGAAGUCUGGUGAAAACCAUCCCUCCGAAGAUCUACGUGUUGCCCACCACCUCAGACCCCAAGGAAGUUCCUCCAAAAGUUCCACCACGGAGGGAGAGCAUCACCCCCCUGCCCGCCAAGCCCGAGCUGCCCAUCCAGCUGAUCAGCACCACCAACCAGGUGAAUAAGCCGGCAGUCGUGCAGCAGCAGAUCCCCGCCAAGCUGGCUGCUCAGUCCAAGGGAAAGGAGAAAACCUUCAGGACGAAGGGGUCGCACCAGAGAACGCACAGUGCAGCCUCUAUAGACGUGAGCCAGCUGGUGCCCAUCAGAGGGACAAUCAAAGAAGGAGGCAGUCUGAGAGCCAAACGGACCGCCAGUCCUCAAAGAAUUUACCAGUCAGGUAUCUUCAACUCACCAGCUGCCCGCAGUGUAAAACCGUCUCAGUCCUUCAGCACACACAACAGAGGCAACAACGAGGGUCCACCACCAGCGCCACCUCCUUUUCCCAAAGAAGUUCUGGAGCUGGCCAAAGAUAAAGAAAUAUUCCUUUAAUCCUGAACUACAGACUGGAGUCAGGAGGACGCCUUGUUCAUGAUAAAGACUUAUACACAUGGAAAGACUUACAGAGCUGUGAAAGGACCUUGUGACAGCCAUAUGUGUCCAGUAUGAAGAGGAUUGUUAAUAUUACGGAUGUUAUUACUGGAAAUCAGCUUUUUGCUUGGAAAUGAAAAAAAGUACGGAAGAACUUGUGGUCAAUCAAAACGAUUUUAAAAAUUCUUGGCCCCUUUGUACAUUGGGAACGAUACUGUUUUAAACGAUGAUGAUGAAGCAAAGAUUUUGCCAAAGACUUUCAUGAGAAGGUCCUGUUCUUUUUUUUUUCAUCAUUUUAGUUUUUAAAUGACUGUCUCCUUUAACCUUGUUUUAACUCAUAAGCUUUCUUUUAAUUUUAUGAAUGAUACAUUUGUUGUGAGGAAGCUGUAGGUUUGUGAAGUUUACAUCUGUUCAGAUUUAAGGCACCAAGCACAAAAGUUUUAUUCCAGAAAGAUUCAGAAAAGCCUAGAAAUGUGUACUUUUUGUUCUGUAUCUCCAUAUUUCUUGUAAUCAACAACAAAUUAAUAGUGUGGAAGAAUCUACACUACGGCUGUAAACUUCAUUGUUUGUAAAUACUACUUCUGCACUUCCUGACUGGAGGCGAUGACAGACUGUAAUGUUGUUUCAGACAGACAGCAGCUGGAAUCAUUUGUGAGAAUGUAACCAAAUGAUUUACUGUUUAAAUAAUGUUGUGGAAUAAUUUAACAUUUAGCUUUAGCUUGGUGAUUUUCUUCAGGAGAGACUGACUGCUGUCACAUUUUGGUUCCAUGUGAAAUGUCUUCCAAAUCCCAACUACUGACGGGUCAUGGAAUAAAAAGACAGUCGAAUAGAAAUUGUGUGUUUUAUGGAAAGGCUUCAUGUGAUAUUAUAUAUUCAGAGUGUAACGGAUCGUGUGAAAAUC